CGUACUUCCGGCCCCUGCGUAGAGCGCGGACGACCUUGUGGUGACCUCCUUCCGGCAGCUACGCGCAGGACGAGCGUGCAACGCGUUUCGCGUCCGCCCCGGGCUUAAAAAUGCGUUACGUGGCCGCUUACCUGCUUGCUGUCCUGGGUGGGAAUGACAGCCCCACAGCUAAGAACAUCAAAAAGAUCCUCAACAGUGUUGGUAUUGAUGCAGAUGAUGAACGUGUCAACAAGGUCAUCAGUGAACUAAGUGGCAAAGAUGUCGAUGAUGUUAUCAACUCAGGUAAAAACAGUUUUAAGAUCAUGCUGGUGAGAUGGAAGUGGACAGAAAAAUCUCUUUUGCAUUUCACAGAGGAGAAGAAAGAGGAAGAGAAGAAGGAAGAAUCUGAAGAGUCUGAUGAGGACAUGGGAUUUGGCCUUUUUGAUUAAUCACUUUGUUCUGGGAAAAAAACAAUAAAAAUAGUAAAAACUA